AUGCAUUAUGAGGUUCGAACUGGAAAUUACAGACAGCUGUUUCACCCAGAGCAGCUGAUAACUGGGAACGAGGACGCCGCCAAAAUUAAGUUAACGUUAUGCCAUUACACCAUUGGCAAGGAAAUCGUAGACCUAGUAACGUUACUUGACCGCGUACGCAAACUGUGCGAUCAGUGCACUGGACUACAAGGAUUCCUCAUCUUCCACAGCUUUGGCGGGGGAACUGGAUCGGGUUUUGCUUCAUUGUUGAUGGAGAGGUUGUCCGUUGACUAUGGCAAGAAGGCCAAGCUUGAGUUUGCCGUUUACCCUGCACCGCAGGAAUAUUUUUAACCUUUCGUUUCCACUGCAGUGGUUGAGCCCUCCAUUCUAACCACAAACACCACCUUAGAGCACUCAGACUGCGCUUUCAUGGUGGACAACGAAGCUAUCCAUGAUAUCUGCGGCCGUAACCUGGACAUAGAGAGGCCCACGUACACCAACCUCAACCGUCUCAUCAGCCAGAUCAUGUCAUCCAUCACUGCCUCCCUGCGCUUCGACGGAGCUCUCAACGUCGACCUGACAGAGCUCCAAACCAACCUGGUGCCGUACCCUCGCAUCCACUUUCCCCUGGUCACGUACGCCCCCGUGAUCUCCGCCGAGAAGGCAUACCACGAGCAGCUGUCCGUCGUGGAAAUCACCAACGCUUGCUUUGAGCCGGCCAAUCAGAUGGUGAAGUGUGACCCCCGGCACGGGAAGUAGUAUGCUGUACCGUGGAGACGUAGUGCUAAUGCCGCCAUUGGAAGAAUAAAGACCAAGAGGACCAUUCAGUUUAUGGACUGGUGUCCCACAGGGUUCAAGGUCGGCAUCAACUAUCAGCCGCCAACUGUAGUUCCAGGAGGUGAUCUGGCCAAAGUUCAAAGGGCAGUCUGUAUGUUGAGCAACACCACAGCCAUCGCAGAGGCCUGGGCCCGUCUGGAUCACAGGUUUGAUCUAACGUACGCGAAGAGAGCCUUCGUGCACAGGUACGUUGGAGAAGGAAUGGAGGAGGGCGAGUUUGCGGUGGGCCGUGAGGAUUAAUGUGAUUUUACUCUUCAUUUUCUGAACAUAGCAAGAAAAAAAAUUGACAUCCGACUUUUGUUAGUGUUUUAGAUUUAUUAAUCAGCAUAAAAAAAAUCUAGUCACCAAUAACCACUAAUCCAAACAGCUACAAUGUACAGUACUUUACAUAAGGAGUGUUACAGGUUACCACACUAUAGAUAAAACAGUUCAAAAGGGUUCUGCACCAUUAACUGUCUUCAGAAACAGAAAGUUGUAGAUGGCUUCGGAGAUCCAUCAAAGCACAGCGACGGUGUGAUUAAAUGCGUUCUUCGUUAAACAUCACUUGUUUGUUCUGUUGCAAGGCACAUUUUGAUUUCUUUUAGCUGUACUUACAUCAGCGUAAGCGACUUAACUCUCUAACGUUACAGACUUGCAUUGCAUAAUAACAUCCUUCGUAGAAAAUGUGCAACCCAGCAUGACAACUUUUACAUCAAAGUACCUGCA